AGCAGGAAGAGGGCGGGGCAGUCAGAAACAGUGAACGGGAGAAAUGAGAAAUAAGAAAAUAAGAAAGAGAAAAAAUAAGGAAAAAUGCGAGAAAGAGAGCGAAAGAUAGAGGGAGAAUAUAUGCAGAUAGGGGGAUAUACAGAAACAAGGAAAAGAAAGGAAGAGAGAAAGAGAAAGAAAAAGAGAGGAAGACCGAGAAAAGCAGACAGCAAUGACAAAAAAAGACAAAACAGACCGAAAGCGGAAGAGCGAAAGAACCAGAGAACGGAAGAGCGAAAGACGAGAGAAGGGAAGAGCGAGAGAGAGGCGAGAGCGAGAGAGCGCGAGCGGCAGCGCGGGAGGAGCGCGGAGGAGAGCCGAGCGCGCGUGCGCCCGGGCCGGAGCGCCGCGGCCUCUGAGCUCCGCGCGAUGGGUCGAGCAGCAGCAGACCAGACAGUAGCUCCGUGGCAGGGCGGACGAGCGUAUAUAAAGGGGGCUCGGUCGCAGCGUCGAGUAGUGGCCGUUUGGCUCCAGUCGCAAGAGGAGCUUACAUGAUAGACUUGUAUAAGAAAUGCAAUAUAAAAAUGGCUACACAGUGCAAGGACAUGAGAGCGUCCAGGGCGGGGGAAGUCCUCGUGGGCGACGGCCGAGUGUCCCGGGGUCAGAGGAACAAGUUGAAAGAAAGCCUGCAGCAGCCGUGGCGAGGGGCGCACCAGCUCCGAAUGACGCUGUUAACCUCGAGAGGCGGGUGGGGCUCAUCAGUGGGGUUGCUCUGAUUGUCGGGACCAUGAUCGGUUCGGGAAUUUUCGUAAGUCCAAAAGGCUUGUUGGAGCGCACAGGAAGCGUCGGUCUCAGUCUCGUGAUAUGGGCAGCUUGCGGUUUGCUCUCUUUGCUGGGCGCGCUGUGUUACGUGGAGCUAGGCUGCAUGAUCCCCUCCUCGGGGGCGGAACAUACGUACUUCAUGACGGCUUUUGGGCACCUGCCGGCGUUUCUGUUCGCCUGGGUGUCCAUUAUCAUUUUGAAGCCUGCCAUGUUAGCCAUUAUCUGCCUCUCCUUCUCGAAGUACUUGGUGGAGGCUUUCGCGUCCGACUGUGAACCUCCGCUCACGGCUAUCCAGCUGCUGGGGGCGCUGACCAUAGGGUCCCUCGCCUACGCCGAGCUCGGGACCCUCGUGUCGGAGUCGGGAGGAGAGCAUGCCUAUUACAUGCAGGCCUUCGCCCCUAACGAGAAGCGAAAGACGUGGUGGGGCCAGAUACCCGCUUUCCUCUUCGCGUGGGUAUCGGUUUUCCUCCUGAAACCCUCGUCGCUCGCCAUUAUUUGCCUCACUUGCUCGGAGUACUUCGUGAGGAUUUUCGCGGCGAGCACAGACUGCCUGCCGCCGCAGGAGGCGGUCAAGAUCAUCGCCUGCUGCGUCAUAAUUCUCAUCACCUUCAUCAACUCGUACUCCGUGACGCUGGCCACCAAGGUGCAGAACAUCUUCACGGCGGCGAAGCUCCUGGCCAUCCUGAUCAUCGUGGUGGGCGGGUCCGUGAGGCUGAUCCAGGGCAACACGCAGUACCUGGCCACGGGUUUCCAGGGGUCCACCUCGAGCUUCGGGGACAUCGCCACGGCCUUCUACAGCGGGUUGUGGGCGUACGAUGGAUGGAAUAACCUUAACUACGUGACUGAAGAGUUAAUAGAGACCUUACAGUACACUUCCCUGGUGAGACCGUGUGAACUACAAUCAUUAGGCUUAGAACUAGUGAAACGUCGUCCUAACUGGGCGUCAGAACAGCAUAACAUAAUGAAGACCCAAGUGAAGGUAAACUUGCCUGAAGCUGAAAGACCAGGGUGUGAUGUACCCACCUUCGGGAACCGCGUGCUUGGAUGGGCGGCUUUCCUCAUGCCCCUCGCGGUCACGCUCUCCACCUUCGGCGCCGCCAACGGAACGGCCUUCACGUCGGGCAGACUGUGCUUCGUGGCGGCAAGGGAAGGACACAUGGUCGACGUCCUGUCCUACGUCCACGCUAAGAAACUCACUCCUUCGCCAGCACUCCUGUUCAACGCAUUCAUCGCCCUGAUGAUGGUGAUUCCGUCAGACAUCGGCUCCCUCAUCGACUUCUUCAGCUUCACAGCCUGGAUCUUCUAUGGAGGCGCUAUGUUGGCCCUCAUCAUCAUGCGGCGCACCAUGAGGGAUUGUGCCCAGGCCAUAUAAAAGGUCCCCAUCGUCAUCCCGGUCAUCGUCCUCGUCAUCUCCAUUUACCUCGUCGUCGGCCCCAUCAUCGACUCCCCACAGAUCGAGUACCUGUACGCCAGCCUCUUCAUUCUCGCUGGCCUCAUCUUCUACUUCCCCUUCGUCUUCUUCAAGAAGAGCGUCCCAGGCAUGGGUCACCUGACGACCUUCUUCCAGCUGAUUCUCCAGGUCGUUCCCACCGACACGAUGCCCGACGCCUGAUUGCCUGAAUGCCAUGAACGAGACGCCUUAUCAAA